UCCUUCUGCAUUUUAGAAACAUUAUAUUGUUCACACUUCCCCUUUCUGCUAAGACUGAACAAUAUUGUGACCAGGAGAACGACAAGAGUUGGAGAGGUUGGAGUGCUUGUGAUAACAGCAGCUUUCUGACACCAAUUACGAGAAUUCCGAUCUUGAUUUUUCUUGAGCCAAAAAUGUCCCUCCCACGCCAGCUGAGAGACGAAAGUGAUUUUGAACAGCUGCCGGAGGAUGUUCCUGUGUCUGCUCACAUAGCAGAUGUGGAGGAAAGAAGAGGAUUUAAUGUCUAUUAUUCAUUUGUUAUUGAGGUGAAAAGUAAGGGAGGGAGCAAGUAUUUUAUAUACCGAAGAUACAGUCAGUUCUUCACAUUGCAUGCCAAGCUGGAAGUUAAUUAUGGUCCUGAGACUGGUACUCCACCUUACAUCUGCACUCUACCCACCAUACCACCAAAGGUUUUUGUUGGGAACAAGAAAGAAAUUGCAGAGACCCGCAUCCCCCUUCUCAAUGCAUAUAUGAAGGUCCUACUGAACUCUCCUGUUUGGCUCCUGUUGGAUGAAGAUCUUAGGAUAUUUUUUUACCAAACCAAACUUGACAGUGAAAGGAUUCCUCGUGCCUUACGCAGACUGCGUCCCCAAACAAGGAAGAUUAAGAGGAAUUCCCAGCAUGUUUCAGAUGUGGAUAAACCAAGGGCAGAGGCUAUGUUUGAUUUCAAAGGAACAACUGCAAUGGAGUUGUCUUUUAAGAGUGGUGAUGUGAUUUAUCUUCUAAGUCGGGUUAACAGAGACUGGUUGGAGGGAACAGUUGGUGAUCGGACAGGUAUUUUUCCACAUUCAUUUGUGAGGAUAAUCAAGGAUCUCCCAGAGGAGCAGUAUCCAGUUAGCUUGCUGCGCUGUUAUUUUCAUGACGAUGGCAUGUGCCAGAUCAGGGAAAUUUCUAUAGAAGAAGAUGUUAAAAGAAUUCCACUUUAUAAUGAGCUUCUAGAUUUAAUAAGGAACCAAUUCCCUGGGGUGGAUGUAGUUCUAAACAUGCAGGACGCUGAGGGGGAACUAAUUCGCUUACUGGAUGACAGUGAUAUGCCGCUUCUCGCCAAACAGGACAAGCGAAAAUCACAUGCAAACAACUUCUUUCCCUGGGAGCUACAUGUAACACGCAAUGGUGACCUGGACGUUUACAGCACUGGGGUUUAAGUAUUCAUGUAAAGUCUACCACAUCUGAUCAGAUAAAAUAUUUCUGUGGAUGUAACAGACAACUGAGAUAACACACUUAAGAAGGCAAUGAAUAACAAAGAGCAAGCAAAAAACACAAACUGUGAUUUUCACAGCAGAUAGUAUUCUUUAGUUUUCAAGCUCCGUGACGGUCCAGGGUUAAUAAGUGCCGUCCAUAACAGCUAUUAUGACUAUCCGGGGUUAAAUAAUGCCGUACCUGAUCAAGUACCGUUGAAUGAUGUAUUCCCUUCUAUAUAUAUGCGUGCUGUGUAUUAUCUAUACUCACGAACUUCGGCUCUCGUAGCCCAGGCACCCCGCAGAGACUAGAGAUUCCUGGUCGCUGGAGCUAUCGGACCCACGCCGGCUUUCCCGCAGUCCGUCACGGGGGCACUCGGGUAACCUUAGUGUGGCAUCGGACUGUCUGGGCAGGGUGGGAAGAUGUGUUCCUGAUUUAUGACCUUUUUAUCACCUAACCUGUAUAUAAGCCUGUGUGUUUCCCCAAUAAAGCCCGUUACAUCCCUGGAACAUUAGUUUCGUCGAAUGCUUCAGGGGCCCGCU